CUUACUGGAUACUGUAUGCGCUCAGCACUGGGAGACUAGCAGAGGGCAUCCAGUGGAGGAAGUCUCCAGGCCACACACAGUCUAGUUUAUCACCGGUGAUCACCAAAGGAACGCGCGCGCCGCGUGCAGGAGAUGAGCAGUCCCGAUGCGGGUUACGCCAGUGACGACCCGAGCCUGACCCGAGCCAGACCCGAGCCGGACCCGAGCCUGAGCCGAGGCACGAGCUCAGUCAUGAUGCCCGGCGCGCGACAGUGCGCGUGGCCGGAGGUAGACGCGCUCCACGCGCUCUCGGACGCCAAAGCGAAGCGCGAGACUCCCGCGCGCGGAAAGAGCGAGGCGCGCGUCCGCAGGCCGAUGAACGCGUUCAUGGUUUGGGCGAAAGAUGAGAGAAAGAGGCUCGCGCUGAAAAACCCGGACCUGCACAACGCAGAGCUCAGCAAAAUACUCGGGAAGUCGUGGAAGUCGCUGGCGCUGUCGGAGAAGCGGCCGUUCGUGGAGGAGGCCGAACGCCUGCGAGCGAAACACAUGCAGGAUCAUCCCAACUACAAGUACCGUCCCCGGCGCCGCAAACCGGCGCCGCGAGCCAAGCGCCUGGACUCGGCGCUCCUGCGGUCCGCUCCGGACGAGCCGGGUUUCCCUGCGUACUUCGAGAGCCAAGCGUUCGAGAGCUUCGGCUCCACUCCGGUGGGAUUCAGCGCACACCAGUCGGCAUGCAGAUACACACACUUCCAGGAGCACACCGACACACACACCGCCUACACACACCCCGAUCCGCAGCUCGGUCUGAUGAGCGACACACAGCCGUAUGAUGAGAGCCUCAGUGUGUAUAACUCUUCAGACGUGUUCUGCAAGCGUCCGUAUGAGGAGUCCUCUCUCAGACACAGCAUGCCGGAUCCGGGGCCGAUGAUGGACGAGUGUGUGCUCUACGGGGUCCCUCAUGUCCCCCAAGGGCCCGAUCUGAUCUCCACCGCUCUGUCUGACGCCAGCAACGCUGUGUAUUAUUACACUCACUCCUGA